UGAAACUGUCUCGGGGCAAAAAGAAUGAAAAAAUGAAUUCCACAUGUCUAUUUUUUGCAGCGUUCAUCUUAGACCUCGAGUACCGUAAGUUGCACUGUGGUCAAGUCGACAAACGUCAUGAAUUAUCAGAAGUUGUUUCUCUUUCCAGUGACCCAGUGAACUAUUUCGUAUGUCUGUGGAACCACAAAUGAUGUGACUGUUCUAUAUUUCAGCCAGCUUUUGUGAUUCAGGUGACUCACUUUAAAUGAACGUGUAAUAGAGUAUAAAAGCGAUGGGGUCUUCGUUCGGUCUUCGACACGAUGCUUUCGGAGAAAAAAUUUAAAAGCAAAAAAAAAAGUUUGCCAUCACAAAUGCGGUCGUGUUUCCACAGCCUUCUGGUCUAAUAUCACAAGUCAUCUUCCCUGGUGUAACCUCAGUCAAACCCUGCUAGAAAACUUCCUUUGUACACCUUACGUUCGCUGAAAACCACUCGUGCCCUGGAGGUAGAUUAGUGGUAUAGGUGUUACACAUACAUGAGAGGUUUAUUUAUUUACACCGUGUCAGGCGUCAUGAGAGAAAUUUCCUCAGGUUACAUUUAUACCUCUAGUGUGAGUUUCACAAACAAAGAAGUCUUCUUGAGCAGUCGGCGUCUUGCAAGCUCAAAAAACAAAAUGUUUGAACUUCAUUGCAGAAGAACAUUAGCCCCUAGCUCGGUUUCAAUAUCUCGAGAGCCAAUCCUGUGCUUGCUCUCAGCACCUUAAUUAAAUGCAGCAGGUUAUGCACUUUUGCAAAGAGCCCCCAGACUCUUCACAGAGCGGAAGUGUCAAAACCAGAGACCUCAAACACCUGUCGUCUUAUUUCACAAUCUGGCAUUGAGGCGCUUAGGCCAAGUCCAUCGGUUUUGGAAUUUUUAUUCCUUCAUCACCUUCUAAGGCAGUUUGCAGCUUUGUGACAUUUUAUUCAAACCCUCAGCAGAAUUGUUUAAAAGUAUUGUUAAUCUGCAAAGAUGUCCAACGACAGCAGCAGCUUCUGGAGCUCCACAAUACAAAGUGUUUUAAAAAAUGUUGUUGCCAGUGACGAGAAUAACACAUCUGAUGAAGGCGCACUAUAUGACUACUCUGGAUAUUACGAAACUGACACCACUGAAGGAGAACCGUGUACAUUCAGCUCCCAUGCAAGUCAUUUUGUCCCGGUUCUCUACUCGCUGUACUUCGUGGUCGGCUUCCUGGGCAACAUGCUGGUGUUGUGGGUGAUCCUGAGAGGAGCUCAGAUAAAAAGCAUGACUGAUGUGUCUCUCCUGAACCUGGCCAUCGCUGACCUUCUUCUCAUCUUCACUCUCCCCUUCCUGGCUCACUACGCCAGAGAUACCUGGGUCUUUGGUAAUGCCAUGUGCGUGAUGGUCCUCAGUCUUUACUACAUCGGAUUUUACGCAGGAAUUUUCUUCAUCGUGUUGAUGAGCGUCGACAGAUACUUGGCGAUCGUCCAUGCUGUGUUUGCCUUGAGAAUCCGCACAAAGGCUUAUGGGAUUUUAGGUAGCGUGAUCAUCUGGAUUGCAGCUAUUGCAGCCUCAUUUCCUGAGCUAGUGUACCUUGCAACUGGAAGGAAUGAAACCAAAACUUGCUCCGCUUACCAAAACGAUGUUGAUAAGUUUAAGAGAAGUUUGGCUUUGAUUAAAAUGAACAUUUUGGGUCUGCUAAUUCCACUGGUUAUUGUGGGAUUUUGCUACUCGAUGGUGCUCCGCAGGCUUCUGUUGCUGCGUACGUCCAAGAAACUGGCCGUACGUCUUGUUGCGGUGGUCAUGCUGGUCUUCUUCUGCUGUUGGAUACCGUACAACAUCGCAGCCUUUAUUAAAGCACUGGAACUGCGGGAAAUCCUGAUUUCAGAAUGUGAGCUCAGCAAACGCAUCCAUCUGACGCUGCAAGUCACCGAAGCCAUAGCGUACUCACACAGCUGCCUCAAUCCGUUCCUCUAUGUGUUCGUGGGGGAAAAGUUCAGGAGGCAACUCGGGAGACUCCUCCGCCAGACACCAUGCUUCCAUGUGCAGUGCAUGAAGAGCUACAUGACCCGCGCCGCAUCCUCCGUGUAUUCACAGACCACAAGUGUAGACGAACGCUCGGUCGGUGUCUGAAUGUUCGGCCGGUUAAAGACCUGUACAUUUUUUACUGUACAAACUUGCAAUGCUUUGCAUAUUCAGACUUGAGAGUCAGGGUAAUUAGACAUAAUCCCACAGCUAUUGCAGAAGUGACACAAGCGUUAGGUGGAGUUUUAACCUUUAAUUUAAACCCAUUUUUUUACAGGAUCGAGGAUGUAUUAAAUAUAAAUAUUAAAGUAUUAUAUCUAGCGCCACUGUCUGACAACUAUAUAUAUAUAUAUAUAUAUAACAAUAACA